UAUAGUUGGGGCUUGUGUUGCUGACGCAGCAGCCCAGCCUCUACACUGGAUUUACAAUGAGGGUAAAAUGGCUAGUCUCAUUGAAGGCAAAGAGGAGAUUGAGUUUCGACAUCCAUCAGCCAAUCCUUUCUACAGAAUUCCGACAGGAAGUAACAGUUGCUAUGGUGAUCAGGCUUAUGUCAUGCUGAAAUCACUUGUUGAAUCCAAAGGUUUAGACAUCGACCAUCUGACUAAAGCAACAUAUGAUUUCUUUGGACCAAAUUCCUCCUAUGAAAGUGAUGAAACUAAUAAAUAUCUUGUUGGAAAAGAGGACAAAAUCAAUAUUAAAAAGUCCCUUCCAAUUCAUGGUCCUUGGAGGCAUGGUUGUAUCAAAGACUUCCUAGCGAAUAUGUAUGCUGACAAAAACCCCACAGGAUCAGAGACAGAUGAUCAAAUUGAUUGCGCAAUCAGAGUGAUCCCCCUUGUUGCCAUGUAUGCCGGCCAGCCUGACCUUCUGGACAAAGCAGAAGCUGCAUUGAGAGUUCUGCAGGAGUCGGACACAUCAAUAGCUUGUGGACUAGCAGCAGUGAGAGUCUUGGAACAGUACAUUCUGACUGGAAAACCAGAAGAUGUCUUACAGAAAGUGACUGAUACACUUAAUGAUCCUGAUCGCAACUGCCCCCAAGACUUGGACCGGGCAGUUAUUGGUCAACUAAGAGCAGUAGUGAGAGCCCUUGGCACAUCGCAUGAAGUUGCGGUCCCGAAAUACUUUCAGAAGAACUGACAUUUGCCUGGAUCUCUCCAAUCUGCACUGCAUGGCUUGGUGACUGCUCCAAGCUACGUAGACGGCGUGCGCACCACCAUGAGGGUCGGUGGCUGCAAUGCCUCACGUGGCGGCUUCAUCGGGGCCUGCAUGGCUGCACAGGAGGGAUUUGAUGCCAUCCCAGAGAGCUGGCGACAAAGGACCACACGAUAUGAGGAGGUCUUGGCUCUUGCUUUGGAUUUGGUGCAGAAACAGGAUUAGCUGUGAGGGAAAAGUUUGACUGGAGGAUGUAGUUGUCUUUUUGAUGAAUCUUUCCCCCUCCCCCCCCCACCUCCCAAAUCAGAAAGUGUUUCACCAUACAUGUAUGGGAGACUGAAUGACCAGGUUUUCACAAAAAAGUUUUUGUUUUUGUCUGUGUAUUUGGUGAUGAAUUUUUUAUAGUCUUGUGAGCUAUGUAUUCGUUAGCCUGAAGAUGAGUGACUAAAAUACACAGAUGUCACUUAAUUUGUUCUUUUUAUUUGUAAGCUACAAUAGUGCUGUACCUUCCAUCCUGUCUGAGAUUUAUAUCGAUCCAUCUCCAUGACGACUUCACCAUAAAUCUUUUCAAUGGUGAAUGUCUGAUCUUCCUGCAAGGGAUGGGUCCAUCUCAGAUUGGAUAGAACAUGCAGAACGAUUGUUCUUUUUACAUUUAAAAAAAAAAA